UUGAACUCUCUACAGAUGAAACACAUGUAAAGUACAGCAUGUCAGCAGAGAGUAAUUUCACUCUAACAAUCAAUAAUCUAACAGAGAGAGAUGCAAAUCUUUACUGCUGCAUUAAAACUGCUGACACAUCAAAGUGCCAACAAAGUGGAAUUCAUCUCCAAGUUACAGAGCUGCAGGUAAAGGUGAUUCCUGCCACAGAGGGACAGACAGUAACACUGAUGUGCAGCAGCAGCUGUCCUCUGACUGAAAAGCCUGCAGCCUACAUCUGGUACAAGAACAGAGAGUUUCUCUAUGAGGACUGGUCUCCCUGGUACCAAGAGCUGCUCAGCAGUGAGGAAGCAGUCACAUACUCCUGUGCUGUCAAAGGCUACGAGGAUCUCAGAGCCCCUGAAGUCUCUGUGGAUUCCAUCACACAGACCUGCUUCAGUGUGACCUAUGCUAAAGGGAGAAUGUGUUCUUCUCAGCAGACAUCAGUGGACGAGUCCUGCUCCAUCACAUAUCCCAGAGAAAUUCAUGUCCAGAGGACUCCUGCUGAACACAGAGGUCACAUCAGACUGACCUGUAACAGCAGCUGUUUUCUGACUGACCCUCUGAUUUCCUUUGUGUGGUAUGAGACCAGAAAGUCUACAGUGAAGGAGGGAAAACAGAUUCUAGUUUCCAGCUCUAAUCCAGACAGUUUGUCUUGUGCUGUAAAAGGUCUUGAGGAUGUGCGCUCUGCUGACGUCUGUGUUAAUGAUUCCUGCUGGAUGUUGAAUUAUGUCCACAGCAGAAUCUGUGCUCUGGAAGGAUCUUCAGUCAACAUCUCCAGUAAAUACUCACAUCCUGACUACGAGCAGAUACAGUCUAAAUGUUGGUAUAAAGUCAAGAGAGAAGCUGAACAGCUGACUGAGGAUGCAGAUCAUGUGGAGUAUGAUGACAGCAUGAAGAACCAACACAUCCUCAGAUUAAAGAAGCUGAAGAGAGAUGACUCAGCAGAAUACAGGUUCACCAUCACAACAGAAAAUGAAGAAGUGAAUCAGUCUGAUUUUCCUGGAGUUACUCUGAUUGUCACAGAGCUGAGAGUGAAGAUGAGUCCUUCUGCAGUGGUGACAGAGGGUCAGAGAGUCACACUGACCUGCAGUACCAGCUGUCCUCUGACUGACAACACAAACUACAUUUGGUACUUGAACAGUCGACCUCUGACCCCGAGAGAGAACCAGAACAAACAUCUGAUCCUAGACCCAGUCAGCAGGGAGGAUGCAGGAAGCUACUCCUGUGCUGUGAAAACCAACAAAGAUAUCAGCUCUGCUCCAAAGACUCUCACUGUCCAAAGUAUCACAGGAACAUGGACACCAGCAGCUGCAGGAGUUUCUGCAGCUCUGCUGCUUUUAAUACUUCUCACUGUCUGCUGGUGGAGGAGCAGAAAAAGGAGCACUUCUAGAUUAUCGCCAACGAGUGAAACAAUGGAAAACUUGGAGCAGGUAAAUUUUGGUCCCCAGCAUGACGACAUCUCAGCUCAACCAGCAGAGCAGGAACUUGACUACAGCGAGAUCAACUUGUCCAAGAACCAAACAGAACAUCCCUACUCCACUGUUCAGUCAUUUCAAGAACAGGAGCAUGUCCCCUACGCUGUUGUCAACUUCAGAGACAACACAACACCUGAACUCAAUGACCAGGCUGUGGACACCUAGAGACUGUACAACACAUCAACCUAAAGAAGAUGAAAUAUAACAACACAUCUGCCUGUACAGGACUUCAAUUGUUCUGUUCAUGAUGUCAGUAUUGCAUUCACUUCUUCUAUUUACUUUUUCUGAUGAGUAUGAACACACUGUGGUCACUCUUGACAGGGUUCUUUCAAACCCUCAUAGGAACUGAAACUAAUACAUUUGAAAUAGUUACCAGCUCUUUAUCUUGAGACAAUCGCUCUCAGGCUCUGUCUCACACCAAAUAAGAGGAAGCCUCAAAAGCAGCUCUUUAUCUAUAUGCAUCUCUGCAAGUCUACAGUCUAUGCAAGUGUCUUUCACACAUUACAAAGUCAUCAAUAUCUCAGGCUUUGCUCAACAUGCCAGCAAAAUUGUUCUAAAGAUCGUAUUAAAGAAAAAACAAAGAGUGGAGCUCAAUUUCCUGUCAAGUCAAAAAUGUCUUCAUCAUAAAUCCAUUGGAGAUUUAAAGGACAGACUUCAUAUUCAUGAACAUGUAACAAAUAUUUUGCAUUAGAAGCAAAAUAAUAAUUUUUACCCUUAAACAUAUUUCAGUCUUUUUUUCUUUGUCUGUGCAGAUCAAACAAACAAACACAAUAAAAUCUAAUAUUUUCAGCUGAACAUGAAACACAUUUAAACUGGUU